GCGGCGGGCGGCGUGGAGCGGGAAGCAGAACGCGGGGGCCCUGCCCUCCCAGGCGCGGGGUCCCGCAGCGUCAGGUCCGCGCCCUGGAGUCGGCGCCAGGUUCCCGCGACGUCCUCAGGAGCCCUCAAGGUGGCCAGUGUGCAGCUCCCGGGCGACAGAGCACCCUGAAGAUGCAGGAUGGCAGCGCGGCCGCCCGCCAGCCUCUCCUACCGUACCACGGGCUCCACCUGCCUGCACCCGCUCAGCCAGCUCCUGGGCAUCCCGCUGGAUCAGGUCAACUUUGUGGCUUGCCAGCUCCUUGCCUUGUCUGCUGCUUUCUGGUUCAGAAUCUACUUACAUCCUGGUAAAGCCAGCCCUGAGGUCCGGCACGCCUUGGCCACCAUUUUGGGCAUCUAUUUUGUUGUGUUUUGUUUUGGUUGGUAUGCUGUACAUCUCUUUGUGCUGGUGUUGAUGUGUUAUGGGGUUAUGGUCACUGCAAGUGUAUCCAACAUUCACAGGUAUUCCUUUUUUGUAGCCAUGGGCUACCUUACGAUAUGCCACAUCAGCCGCAUAUACAUCUUCCACUAUGGCAUUCUCACUACAGAUUUUUCUGGGCCCCUGAUGAUUGUCACUCAGAAGAUCACGACCUUGGCUUUCCAAGUUCAUGAUGGAUUGGGUCGGAAAGCUGAAGACCUUUCUGCUGAGCAACAACGACUUGCUGUGAAAGUGAAGCCCUCACUUUUGGAAUACUUAAGCUACCACAUCAACUUUAUGAGUGUCAUAGCCGGCCCUUGCAACAAUUUCAAGGACUACGUAGCCUUCAUUGAAGGGAGACAUAUACACAUGAAGUUGCUGGAAGUGAACUGGACACAAAGAGGUUUCCACAGUUUGCCAGAGCCUUCUCCCACGGGAGCUGUGAUACAGAAGUUGUGCAUGACCUUGAUGUCUCUCCUGUUGUUUUUGACGCUCUCUAAGUCCUUUCCCGUCACCUUCCUUAUUGAUGACUGGUUUGUACAUAAGGCCAACUUUCCGAGUCGUCUCUGGUACUUAUAUGUCGUCAUGCAAGCCGCAAAGCCCAAGUAUUACUUUGCAUGGACAUUGGCGGACGCGGUGCACAAUGCAGCUGGCUUCGGGUUCAAUGGCAUGGAUGCGGAUGGGAAGUCUCGCUGGGAUCUACUAUCUAACCUGAACAUCUGGAAGAUUGAGACUGCCACGAGUUUCAAAAUGUACUUGGAAAACUGGAAUAUUCAGACAUCUCUGUGGCUGAAAUGUGUGUGCUAUGAGCGGGUCCCCUGGUACCCCACAGUGUUCACCUUCCUCCUGUCUGCUCUGUGGCACGGCGUCUACCCUGGCUACUACUUUACAUUCCUAACUGGAGUCCCUGUCACAUUGGCAGCUAGAGCGGUGAGGAACAACUACAGACACCACUUCCUCUCUUCCAAAGCUCGAAAGGUUGCCUAUGAUGUGGUGACCUGGGCUGUCACUCAGUUGGCUGUCUCUUACACGGCAGCGCCCUUCGUCAUGUUGGCAGUCGAGCCAACCAUCAGUUUAUACAAGUCCAUGUUCUUUUUUUUGCACAUCACAUGUCUGCUAAUCAUCCUUUUUCUGCCAAUCAAGCCACGCCAGCCUCCAAGGCAGUCUCGGAGUCCAAAUUCUAUAAAGAAGAAGGCAGACUGAUACCCACAGACAUGUGGCCACAUGUCUUUUCAACGAUGAACAAGAGCGUUGCGAGAUGUUGCGAAGACAUAACGGACAGGCUCAAGGGUUCUCCAGUGACUCGGAGGAGAUGUUUACAUGUUUUUUGUUUUGUUUUGUUUUGUUUUUUCGCUGCAGGGAAUAUUUUUAUAAGUCUUUUUUUUUUUUUUAACCAUUAAAUCACCAUGUCUAGCUUUGUCUGCAUACUUUACAGGGCCUUUCAGAAACACAGCAUAGACAAGAGGCCACCGGGUAGGUUCUUCUGAAAUCAUUUGCACCGACUGAAAUCUGCAAGCAUGAAUCUAGCCGUUGCCUCCAGCACUUCGGAGGCGUCAGCUGAGAUGACUUCUCUGGAGUUUUGAAAUCAGAACAUUCCCAGGCAUGAUUUUUUUUUUUUCUUUUCCUUCUUGGCAACUCCAGACCCUGGAAUGUGCAACUUACCAGGCUGUGGACACAACUCUUAUGCUCAAAAGCUCUUGGAGGGAAGUUUUCAGGGUAUAGAAAAAAACCAAACCCCACGAACUGGGAAGAUUAACCCCUGAAUGCUUGAAUGGAUUGAUACACCCCCAAACCAGCUGCAUUAUCACCCCCAACCCCGCCAGGAAUGUACCAUUCCCUUUUUUUCCUUCUGAAUUGAGCCAAGAUUGGACAUCAGAAAGCUGCCUGCAUGCCCCGGGAGCUGGGGAGCGGGUGGGGGCUACUGGUUUCCAUUUUCCGUGCUUGGAUCUGAUUGACUUCUAUUGGCUCCGAGAAGGCACCCAGAUACCAACACACCGUCCAAAGGCGGCCACAUGUCUUUUCAAGAAAUAACUGCAUUCAGCAUGCAGAGGCUCCCUUUCCUCUCUGCGUAUCACAGAAGUGUCAAUGAUCACGACCAACGUGUAGACACUUGGUGUCGUCUGUAACACAUGGUUACAUCCAGCUUUAUUUUAGGUGACCUGUCAUGUUGGGAAGCUGUAAGCGAAUGACAGUGCUCUACUCUGUCCUUGUUAUGAAUGUGCUGUGGCUCCUUCGGGGAAUUUCUACUGGAUAAAAUAGUCUAUGUGAAAGAAGAAAACAUAAUAUUUAAAAUGUGGAAGAUAAUAAUAAUAAUGAUGAUGAUGAUAAUAAUAAUAAUAAAAUAUGUGCUUCAAUGAUGUGCCUCAAUCAAAUGGCCCGGGAGGUGAAAAUUUGUUCUGAACAGAUGAUUAAAAAAAAUUAGUUUCUCACUGAAUAAAUAAUAUAUUUCUAUUUUAA